CCAUCCAGAGAAGACAGAAGUUCCCUUACGUUCUUCCUCUUUCUCCCGCCCUUCCCAACCCUUAUAACCCAGAACUUAGUCGAGUUUCGGUCAACAGCUGAGUUUAUGUCCAUCGAAAACCUCAAGACCUUUGACCCCUUCGCCGAAGCUGACGAAGACACCGGCGACACUAAAAAGUCGCAAAAUUACAUCCAUAUACGGAUUCAGCAACGCAAUGGUCGUAAGACUUUGACGACUGUCCAAGGUCUUCCUAAAAAGUUCGAUCAGAAGAAGAUCCUCAAGGUCAUCAAGAAGAAGUUCGCUUGCAAUGGCACCAUCGUGAACGACACCGAGAUGGGUGAGGUUAUUCAGUUGCAAGGAGACCAGCGCAAGGAUGUCCAAGAAUUCUUAGUCGACAAGAAGGAGGGACUUGAGCUUGAUGCCAAGACCAUCAAGGUCCAUGGUUUCUAAACGAAACGUCGCACCCCCUGUCCCGUCCGUCGUCUUCCGCCUACCCCACAACCCUCCGGAGAAUAUGCUUGUAUCCCAGGAUUCAUCUCUUGCUUUGCCUUGUGUACCAUGUCGUUCUCGUUCUCGUGUUCUCGGGAUUUACACUUC